AUGAGACCAAUUCGCGCCACCUGGUUGGCCCUGGUCAGCGUCGGCCUCCUCCUCGUCAUCGUCAGUAUUGCUCUGGGCGUCUGGUCUCUGAGCAUGGUCAACUGGACGCAGUCGACCGUGACCGCUGACGUUCCCGUCACGGACCCCGGCGAUAUCAACUUAUUCUCGCGCUACCGGGGCCUCUGGCAGCAGUGCGUCGCCUCGGAAAAUGCCUGUAAGUUGCUCGAAGCCUGCUCCGAAUCUCGGAGAAUUCGAGCUCCGUGGCUCAGCCAGCCAGCUGGCCUCGAAGGGAGCGGGUGGAAGGUCAAGCGGACUGGGAAAAUGGGUGUUUAG